UAUUGCUAUUUAUGAAAUUAUAUCAAAAUGUAGAGUGUAUAUGUUCAAGUGAAAUACUUAUUUGUAUAUAUUUUUUUCAUUCGUAAAUAAUGUGUGUUGAUGUGGACUCCCCGCCUCUCCAAGUCAUGCUGACUUUUUCUUCUUCUUUUUCUUUUUCUUCUUCCCAGUGCUUGUUUUGCUCUUUGCAUUGCAGCCCGCCUGAGCUCUGCCCCACAUUCGCCGCUGCGUCAGAGCUGGGAUAGACAUGUCGCUGUGUGUGUGCGUGUGAAUGUGUGUGUGCGUAUGUGUGUGUGCGUGCAUGCUAUAGGGGGGGCUCUCCUGGAAAACAUGGACUUCAAAUCUGAGCUGCUCAAGUCCAUCUGGUACGCCUUCACCUCGCUGGAUGUGGAGAAGUGUGGAAAAGUGUCCAAAUCCCAGCUGAAGGUUUUGUCUCACAACUUGUACACGGUGCUUAACAUUCCCCAUGACCCUGUGGCACUGGAAGAGCACUUCCAGGACGAUGAUGACGGCCCCGUGUCCAAUCAUGGCUACAUGCCCUACCUCAAUAAAUACAUCCUGGAUAAGGUGAAAGAGGGGAUGUUCGACAAGGAGAAGUUUGACGACCUGUGCUGGAUGAUGACCAAGAAGAAGAACUACAAGGGUCCACCAGAUGGGGCGCUGCUCUCGGAGAGGAACCGCUUCAAGCUCUUCUGCUUAUUUAACCUCCUGUCAGACGACCGCUACCCGCUGGUGAUGAUCCCAGACGAGGUGGAGUAUCUGCUCAAGAAAAUAAGCACAGCCAUGAGCCAGGAGUGGGACGGGAAGCCGCUUGAGGACCUCACUUCCCAGAACCCGGCCAUGCACGAGGAGGGCCUGUCCGUGUGGAAUUUCCUGGAGCACAUGGACGCCGGCCGGCUGCUUCGGGUCACCAGCGCCGAGGCCUUCAGUCUGGCCUUAAAUGAGGUCUUCCUGGAGAUGUACCACAACGUCCUGAAGAGGGGCUACAUGUGGAAAAAGGGACACGUGCGGCGCAACUGGACGGAGCGCUGGUUUGUGCUAAAGCCGUCGUCCAUGGCGUACUACGUCAGCGAGGACCUGAAGGACAAGAAGGGCGAGAUCAAGCUGGACAAAACCUGCGUGAUUGAGCCAAUUCCAGACCGAGAGGGAAAACGUUGUUUGUUUUGUGUGAAAACCCACAACAAAACCUAUGAGAUGAGCGCCUCAGACCAGAGACAGAAGGUGGAGUGGAUCCAAGCUAUCCAGACGGCCCUGCGCCUCCAAAGCGAGGCCAAAUCGUCGCUCCACUGGGAGCUUAAGGCCAAGAGGCGGGUCCAGCGGGAGCACAGCCAACGGGAGCGCAGCCACAGCGCCCGCAGCAGCUGCAGCAGCCAAUCGGAAGACUCCAACACGCUGGAAAUGGAGAGGGUGGAACGGGAUAAGGACCGUCAGGAUCUGGAGAUAGAGAGCAUCAUACAGCACGCACGCGAACUGGAGACCCGGCGGAGGGAGGCGGACGAGAGGGAGAGGAGGAAGCAGAGGGAGGUGCAGAUGGAGCUGGAGAGACAACUCAAAGAGGCCCAGAUGAUGAGAGAGAGCAUGAGAGCAGAGAUGCAGGAGCGAGCUAAGGAGGCCGAGCAUCAGCGACAAAGAAUCCAAGAGCUCGAAUUGACCCAGAGGAAACUGGAGGCUGCGCUCAACAUGGAGAUCCAGGCGCGAAUGGAGGAGGAGAGGGCCCGGCAAGAGCUGGAGAGGCUGCUCCAAGCUGAGGAGGAAAAGAAGCAGCAGUUCCAGCUCCUCCAAGAGCAGCAGAGGGUCUUGCACAGGUUCAGCCCCGUGGAGGACGGGGUCCCCGAUGACGAUUUGGACCACCACGCCCCCUCCGCCCUGCACUCGGCCUCCCAAGAGCUCCAGGAUCUGCGGGCGUCCCGUCAGAGGAGCCACCAGCACCUGGAGGAAGUCCAGGAAAAGCUUAGGAACGCCAGCCAACAUGUUCGCCACUGGAACGUCCAACUAAACCGCCUGAUGAAGCCCAUCUCCCCUGGAGAACGAUUAGAAAGUCGGCUCUCCUCGAAACACACGUGUCCCAAAAAGGAAGGCGCUCUGGCCAGCAACGAGUUCAUCUCCAAGUUCAAGAUCAGAGCCGGCCCGAAUCGCCGGACGCCCGAGUACGACGAAACACUGGAGGAGCAAAUCGAGGCAGCCAACCUGUCGAAUGAUUCAGACGACACGCCGGAAGAAUCCAAUGGAUCGAUAUGAUUUCCAAUUGUCAGAUAUUUACUGAAAUAAACAUUGUGUGGUAUUUAUAGUGACAUACAGUAUGUGACAUCACCAUUACAAUGAACACAUUUGACAAAUUUGAUCCAUCACUUUUUUUUCAUAAUAAAAUGUACGGUUAAUUAUUA